UCUUUGGUAUUUCCUUCAGGACUUCCCGUUCACAACUCACCAGGUUGAGGUCAAUCUGCACAAGAUAUGCAGCCAAUCUAAGGCCGCAGUUCUGCCCCACCCACAAACACCUUCCUUCUGAACAUUUGCUCGAGUCAGCCAACAACACACAGGCACUGUCAAUUAUGAUCCUGCAAUUUGACAGACUGCCGAAUUUUCGGCUGCCAGACUACCCGGAUGUUCCCCUAAUAUUGGACGGCCAUCCGCUCAGCAUAUACCAAAAAGAUAUUUUCAGCAAAGAGCAGGAUGCUAUCAAGAAAACAGCAUCAGUACCUCACGGCAUUGCAACUAUUCUCUAUCGCUGGCAUCCAAAUACUCUGGCCGCGUUUCUGGAUGUAGAUGCCUGGUUCAGCUUCACCUGGACGGCGACCUUGCCGCUAGCCCAGCCUGGCGCAGAAGCAAAGAAGCUGGAAAUUGGAAGAGUGGGCAGUCAAGUCACGUUCGGCACGCUGGACGCUAGCGGCGAAAACUGGGAGAUCAUGUUGACAUACAACGUCUCGUCGACCACGGACGACACGUUCACGAGGGGACAGUGGGUGCCCAACACGAAAGAGAGCAUGCUAGGCGAGAGAGACGUCAAGAUCCCCGAGCUGAUUGAGAGAUUGGGGAGCGAUUGGGUUGCGAAAGCGAUGAGAAGUAAGAGCUGGGAAGCAGGCAAAGGUGUCAAGCACACUUUCCACGUCGAGUACGCACCAAUGGAUAUCUUUGGAGACGGCAUUGCGACAUCGCCGCAUCUGCUCUACGCAUCUCUAGAUCUCGGCAAGUGUACUACAUGCGGUACGUCGGCGGAAGUUAAAGCGCUCAAUCGAUGCGGACGGUGCGGCACUGCGGCGUACAGCUCAGCGGAAUGCCAGAAAGAGGAUUGGAGAGUGCAUAAGUGGGUUUGCAUGAUGAGUGCAGAGGAUCGCGGCAUGGCCAUUAAGAUCUCAGAGAAGGGAGGAUUGUACAAAUGGGACACAGAGAGGACAAUGGCUGUACGUGGGAAAGAGGUGGAAAGCGAGAAUCCGUUCUUCGAAACGGUGCAGUCGAAGCGCAUUAGAGAAGAGUAGGCAGACUGAAAAGUGACCUUUACCUGUCAAGUCCUCAUUUUGCAGAAAGAGGGUCAGGACGGAGGAAUGUCCGAUCCGAUCAUGAAAAUAGGUCUAGACAUUGCGACGCGAAUAAACCACAGCAAGCCUACCCCGC